CUUCCUGAUCCACGACACUGGCUUCUCUUCUUCUGUCAGUUCGCUACCUGCGCGCAGCCCCCGCGCUCCGACCCAAUUCCCCCAUAUUAUGGCACAUCGGCGGUAGCAGCAAACACAGACCAUUCCACGCCACCACCAUCACCAUGGCCGAAAGCACCUCCGCAUCCUCCGUUCCGCUCUCCGCUGAGCCCCGCGCAGACCAGCGCGUGACUCACGAGGGCAGAGAAUACACGACCAUAAAGGAGGGUCUCGCAUACAUCCUGGUGCCGCCCAAUGCCAUCACCGAAGCGGACCCCAAGAAGGCCGGAAAGUACGAGGAAGGCGUCGAGGAGAAGCCGUCGGUGUUCUACAACCCGAUCCAGCAAUUCAACCGCGACCUGAGCGUGCUCGCUAUCCGGGCGUUUGGCGAAGAUGCGCUUGCGCAGAAGCAGCACAAGCACGAUCAGCAGAUGGAGCGGAACAAGAAGCGCAAGGAGCGGACGGCGAAGCGGAAGCUGGAGCAGGCGGAGAAGGAAAAGGGUGCUGAGGGUGGUGAGGAUGGCGCGGAAGAGCAAAACGGACGUAAGAGACAGCGGACAGAUGAUACUGGUGCUGGGAUCACGAAGGAGCCAACGGGAUCAGCAGAUGCGGCCGGCGCGUCCAAGGACGAGAGCGCCAUGUUCGACGACUCGGUUACCAAGGACCAGGAUAUGCUGGCAGCCGAUGGCGCCGCGAAGCCCGCGACGGAGGAGGAUGCCUCGGCGACGAAUGGCGCGCCCAAGGGGCCACGCUUCAGGAUCCUCGAUGCGCUCUCCGCUACGGGCCUGCGCGCGCUACGAUACGCGCAAGAGAUUCCUUUCGUGACAUCGGUGACGGGCAACGAUCUGUCUCCCGCAGCGACGGACGUCAUGAAGUUGAACAUUGCGCACAACAAGUUGGAGCAGAAGAUCACGUCGGUGACGGGCAAUGCACUGGCGCACAUGUACCUGCAUGUGGGACAAGAGGGCGUCGGCGGGCCAGGUGCGCGCUAUGACGUGAUUGACCUGGACCCGUAUGGGACCGCGGUGCCGUUCCUCGACGCGGCAGUGCAGGCUGUCACCGACGGCGGGCUGCUGUGCGUAACGUGCACCGAUGCGGGCGUGUUCGCCUCGACCGGCUACCUCGAGAAGACGUACAGCCAGUACGGUGGGCUGCCGCUCAAGGGGCACCAUUCGCACGAGGGCGGCUUGCGCCUCAUCCUGCACGCCGUGGCGACCGCGGCGGCCAAGUACGGUAUUACUAUCGAGCCGCUACUGUCCCUGUCCAUUGACUUCUACGCCAGGGUGUUUGUGCGCGUGCGCAAGGCCCCGGCGGAGGUGAAGUUCCUCGCGGGCAAGACCAUGAUCGUGUAUAACUGCGACUCGGGGUGUGGCGCGUGGACGACGCAGUACCUGGCCCGCAAUGUGCAACAUGAGGGCAAGAAGGGCUUGUACUACAAGCACAGCUUUGCGCAAGGCCCGUCGGUGCCGGCGCGCUGCCCGCACUGCGACUUCAAGACUCAUCUCGCUGGACCCAUGUGGGGCGGCCCAAUGCACAACCCCGCAUUCAUCGAGAAGAUCCUCAGCUACCUGCCGGGCGCCGACAAGACGACCUACGGCACGACUGAACGGAUCGAAGGCAUGUUGCGCACAGCGUACGAAGAGCUACUGCCCGACACACCGAGCACGCAGCCGGAGCUCUCGUCGACGACGGGCGCGACCUCAACCGACACCGCGACGCCAACUGACGAGCUCAAGCUGAUCCCGCGCGUGCCCGCCUCGGACCUCGACCGCCACCCAUUCUUUUUCAUCCCGUCGGACCUGGCGCGCAUCCUGCGGUGCCAGUCGCCCAGCGAAGCAGCGGUCAAGGGCGCGCUGCGCGGCCUGGGCUACCGCGCCACGCGCUCGCACACCAAGCCCGGGACGGUCAAGACGGACGCGCCAUGGGCCGUCGUGUGGGAGGUGAUGCGCGAGUGGGUGCGGCAGCGGGCGCCGAUCAAGGAGGGCGCCAUCAGGGAGCUCAUGCCGGGGUGGGGGGUGUGGCAGAAGCGGCGGGAGCUUGUUGUUGCGAAGGCGGCGGCGGAAGCGGCAGCGGCAGCGGCAGAGGGGGAAGCGAAGCCGGCUGAGGAAGCGAGGCCAGCAGGGGAAGCGAAGUCCGCAACGACGACGCCCGAAAACGGCGGCCGCAGGCGCUUGCCCUCCCAGGAGCCGGGCACGCCGCUGCACGAGCUCAAGGUCGUGUUUGAUGAGCAGCUGGGCCGCGACGCGCGCGAGAGCAAGAAGCUGGUGCGGUACCAGAUGAACCCGCGCGCGAACUGGGGGCCUAUGGUGCGCGCGAAGUAGUUAAUUUAGUUAGUUGCUCGUGGACGGGGGCGUGGGAAGAGGUGCUGUUGGUGUGUGUGUGGGUUUAUUUUAUAGAGGAGGAGGGAAAUAAGGCGCUUGCGUGCGUGGUGAAGUAGGUGUGUAGGCGUGUACGCGCUGCCUGUCUGUUUGCCUUCUUGCCUGUUUGCUUCCACUGUAUAUCCAUGCGAGUCAAAGAGUUUGCGAGGUGGUGUCGUGUGCGCCUAUCUAUGUAAACAGCAAAAUACCACACACACCCUAUCCU